UCUUAUUUUUUCUCUUCCCCCUCAAACCUCUCAGAUCCUCUCUACCGGAGAACCCUAGUGCCACCUUCACGCUCCGAUUCCCGCUGCAACAGACAUCAUCUUCCAAAAUUAAACCGAUCAAAGUGUCUCUCAUCAUCUCUACUUCAAAACCCCUCGAUCAAUUUUUUAUUCUGGCAGUGUUUUGAGUAUAUGAUGCCUUUUAAUAUAAAGCUCAUACGUUUUGUGUUUGGUAGUUCCUUGGAUGUUUGAGACAUGUCUUCCAAACUUGGUUAGAUAGAUUUGUUGAACUCCUUACAACUCUCAGGCUCUAUCACUAACUUACUUUAAAUAGUGCUUAUUUAAUAAUACCUCCCCUAACUGUUGCUUUUUUGGUUCGUUGUUGUAUUUGUAAUAUAGCUUUUCUUAUGCCAUAGUAAUUGUCAUUAUCUAAGACGUCUUUCUCAGCCUAAAAACCGAAAAAUAGCACCUUCAUGGUUGAUAGAUUUUAAGGGGAAUUUAUUAUUUAUUUCAUUGAUUCUUUCUUAGUCUGCUUCUUAAUUAUAUAAAUCUCAUAGUUUUUGGAUGAUGGUUGGUCUUCCGUCACCUGAAAACAGGGAAGUGAUCUUGAAAACUCUUCUAGCUAAGGAAAAAUAUGAAGAUAUAGAAUUCAAAAAGCUUUCAACUUUGACAAAAGGAUAUAGUGGGAGUGAUCUUAAGAACUUGUGCAUGACUGCAGCAUAUCGCCCCGUUCAGGAGCUAAUGCAACAGGAGAAGGCCAAAGAAAUGAAAAAAGAGGCAGAAAUUGAAAUCUCAGAAGUCGCCUCCAAUGCUACGGAAGAAGAUCAAGUGAUUGUCCUCAGGCCUUUAAACAUGGAACACAUGAGAGAUGCAAAGAACAAGCUUUUGAAGAUCCCGCACUGCAGUUGACUUUACUCUUGCAAAGCUGGAAUUAGAUUUCAAGAGGCUGAUUUUGUGUUUGUUAGAUGUUCAUGAAAUUAAAAAGGGUUUAAUAGAGGUUGAUAAUGCAAUAUAACUGUUUUCACUAUGUGUAUAUACAUAUCUAAUAUUGUAUUGAAUGCUGCAAGCAAUAGUUUGUUUUGUAUAGUCUAGUGUAAAUGAUCCCCUUAAAGUAAAAUUGUUUUUCUGAUCCACUUAAUAACAAAACCACACUAUAAACCUUAUUGAUGGCUUUUCAUCUCUAUUGAAGGAACCCAUCUCUGCAUCCGU